GGUGUCCCUGCCCUGCCCCUCAGGCCUGGAGUCCAGUAUCCACUUCCAGCUGCCUCUGCCAGUCUCUACCACACUCCCCUCACCUCUGCACCCGGCUGCUCUGGCCCAGCCCUCCCCAGGCGUUCCCAGCCUAUAUCAGGGAAGAAGGGACUGCAGAGCCUAGAAGAUCCAGUCUGCUGCUAGGAAGACUUUCCUUCCCUCCGUCCUCCCAUAAGCCCCAGCCACAGACUGAAGAGCCAUGAGCCUCUCCACGAUGGGUAUAAUCAUACUAGAAGCUAUGAGGCCCAAGUUGCACAAGAAUCUGGACAAAUUUAUCGACAAGAUCAAAAGCAUACGAGACGGAGACCAGAAGUCCGUCAAUUCAGCCCUCACAGACUACAAGGUUAGUCCAGGCUCACCCUCCCCUGAGGCUCAGUCCCCAGGAGGUGGUCAGCCAGGGGGGGGGGGUAGGGGAGAGAUGACUCUUCCCAGGAUGCCCCUGAGUGUGGAGGCCACCACGGGGAAACAGAUGUCAGCCUGCACGCCCUCUCCCCAGUUGGAUAUGAAUGAGUCCCUGGUUGAGACACUGCAUGAGGAAUGUAAGAAAAACAACGUGGAGUGCCCAAUCCAGAGUUCGGAGCUGCGUUCAAGGGUCCGGAAGGCCUCUGCACCCCCACAGGACAGAGGCACAGACAAGGGCCCCAGCGAGAGCUGGUGGGACUGGGUGUGCAGGAUGUUCCACAGCACAGUGCAGAUGCUGCGGGAGAUCUGGCAGGACGUCCUGCGCCCCUGGCUGCUGGAUUGCUAUGAGGCCAUCUGUGACACCCUGCUGCCCCUCAGCAACAUGCUCAAGUCACUCAGCUACUCUGUGUAGAUGCAGCAGAGGGCUCCCCCCUCCAGACCAAGACAGCUCCUCUAGCCCCACUUCUUGCAGUGAGUGCCCUGAAGCAGCCUUCCCUCCCCACCCCGGUCAACCUGACCCCCCACACUCCUCUCCCAGCCUCCUCUUAGGCUCUGGAAUUAAAGGAGGUUGAAGAACUGA